AAAUAAACGAUUGAUGCAGUUCAGAACUGUUCAAGAUAAAUCUAACAUUAUUUGUCAAGUAUUGUUUCAUAAUCAUGGUUUUAUUUCGAAGUAUAACGAUAGACGAAUACAAGAACGAAUAUACGACGUUCCAACAGUUGUAUGCAUUCCACCAAACACCUUUCGGGAAAUGUCUCAUCGCUAUAACUGACACCGAUAAAGAUGUAACUUAUUUAGGGUUCGUCGACGAGGACGAGAGCAAAGCUCUGGAAAUUCUAAAGCAGAAAUGGCCAAAGACUAAAACAUUAAAAGAUACUGAAAACAAAACAAAGACUGUUAUUGACAAAAUUUUUCAUCCUGACACAUCUCACCUGCAUUCUAUUCGUGUCCUAAUGAAAGGUACAGAGUUUCAAAUUAAGGUGUGGAGAUCUUUGAUAAAUAUCCCUAAGGAAACGAUCACUACAUAUGAAAAGAUCGCGCAGACGAUUGAUAAUCCUAAAGCCGCAAUAGCAGUGGGAACUGCAAUUUCUAAGAAUUAUAUUGCAUACAUUGUACCAUGUCAUCGUGUGAAAGGAAAGAAUGGCAGCAAUAAAUAUGCUUGGGGAGUAGAAAGAAAGGAAGCCAUCCUAGAAUAUGAAAGCCAACAUAUAUAAUAGUGCUACCGUAUGAACAGAAGGAAUGGCAGCAGUAAAUAUGGCUAGGGAGUAGAGUGGAAGGAAACUGUCUUGGAACAUGAAAACAAACACAUAUGUAGCAUAAAAUAUUACAAAUAUUUAAUUAUUUUCUACUCAUAUAUACAUAUAUAUAAUACAUAUUUUUGCAUUUAUUUGUAUUCAUCUAAAGCUUUUUAUUUUUAUUUUGUAGUUACCCUUAUAUUCAAUGUAUGUUUAACUGUAGAUAGUUCGUACAAUUCAUAUACAUACGAUUUUUUUUAUUCUCUCUGCUAUCAAAUAUCUUAAAAAAGAAUGUGAAUAAUACAUAAUCAAUUAAAAACAUAUUACAUAAGUUCUUUUUUUUUUAUCUUAGACAUGUAAUAUAAAUCGCACACAUAUAUUGGCGAUAAAGAUUAAUUUUUCUAACAUACAAUGGAUCAUGUAAAAGUACAAAAUUCCUUUCGUUAGUAUAAUAAAAUACAGUGAACACACAUGCAUAUCCUAUAAAGAUCCCUCUUUUGGUACCAAAUAUUUCUUAAAGAUAUCAAUUAUUGUCAGAUAUAUUUAUAGUACAUUUUUUUGUAUAUGUCGGCCAGUUAUAUAAUUCUGCUAAAUACUUAUACAUAAUUGUAAAUGUAAAUAUAAAUAGAAACCGAGUUUUUCAUUAUGCAAGUCACAUACUUCAAUGAAAAAUUAUAUUUCUGUACCUUAAUAGUUUCUGAUGAUUCUUUGAGUUAUAUUUCGCGGAAACAGUAAUAUGUAUCUAUUGCGAUUUAUUUUUAAAUCUUAUUUUAAGUAAUUUUUAUUCUGUAACACAUCUCACAUUUUAUUAUUGCUUGCUUCUCUCAUUUAUACAACUGUACAUCCUUCAUAAUAAUUACAAAGAGUAAACUAUUUUUGUUAUUAUUUAUAUUAAAUACAAGUUACAUACCCAAGAAACGCACUUAUAAAAACGUGAAACUGAAUUGUCGGUGACAUAAAGUUUAUAUUACUAGUUAUAAUUUUCUGUACAAUUUUGUAAUUAGGCAAAAGUAAUAAAUGUAUAUUUUUCGUAAAA